CCGGGGUGGCGGCGGCGAUUGGCCGGCCACGGCGCCCGCUCCCAGAAUGCAGCGCAUGGCGCGUCAUUGAAGAGAGACCAUGAUGGCGGCGACGCUGGGGCCCCCAGAAGUGAUCGCUCAGCUGGAGAACGCGGCCAAAGUUCUGAUGGCACCACCUUCCAUGGUCAAUAAUGAACAACGACAGCAUGCAGAACACAUAUUCUUAUCAUUUAGAAAAUCAAAAUCACCAUUUGCAGUGUGUAAGCAUAUUUUGGAAACUAGUAAAGUGGACUAUGUUCUUUUCCAAGCUGCCACUGCCAUAAUGGAGGCAGUCGUCCGAGAGUGGAUUCUUUUGGAAAAAGGCAGCAUUGAAUCCCUGCGAACAUUCCUCUUAACCUAUGUCUUACAGAGGCCCAACCUGCAAAAAUACGUUCGGGAACAGAUUCUAUUAGCAGUAGCAGUAAUUGUAAAACGAGGAUCAUUAGAUAAGUCAAUUGACUGCAAAAGCAUUUUUCAUGAAGUCAGCCAGUUGAUAAGUAGUGGCAAUCCCACUGUGCAAACGCUGGCCUGUUCUAUUCUAACUGCACUAUUGAGUGAAUUCUCAAGUUCAAGUAAGACUAGCAACAUUGGACUGAGUAUGGAAUUCCAUGGUAACUGCAAAAGAGUUUUUCAGGAAGAAGACCUUCGCCAGAUCUUCAUGUUGACUGUUGAAGUUCUGCAGGAGUUCAGCAGGCGGGAAAACCUUAAUGCACAGAUGUCCUCAGUGUUUCAGCGUUACCUUGCACUGGCCAAUCAAGUCUUGAGCUGGAACUUUCUUCCUCCAAAUUUGGGCAGACAUUAUAUAGCUAUGUUUGAAUCCUCACAAAAUGUGCUGUUGAAGCCAACCGAGUCCUGGCGGGAGACUCUUCUGGACAGCAGAGUUAUGGACCUUUUCUUUACAGUACAUCGAAAAAUCAGAGAAGAUUCAGAUAUGGCACAAGAUUCUCUGCAGUGCCUUGCCCAGUUAGCGUCUCUGCACGGACCUGUCUUCCCUGAUGAAGGAUCACAAGUUGAUUAUCUAGCACACUUCAUUGAAGGGUUACUGAAUACUAUCAAUGGAAUUGAAAUUGAAGAUUCUGAAGCUGUGGGAAUCUCCAGCAUUAUCAGCAACCUGAUAACCGUGUUCCCUCGAAACGUUUUAACUGCCAUUCCUAGUGAACUUUUCUCCUCCUUUGUUAACUGCCUCACACACCUCACUUGUUCUUUUGGGCGAAGUGCUGCACUGGAAGAAGUGCUUGAUAAAGAUGAUAUGGUAUACAUGGAAGCAUAUGAUAAAUUGCUGGAAUCCUGGCUGACUUUGGUAAAAGAUGAUAAACAUUUCCAUAAAGGCUUUUUUACUCAACAUGCAGUUCAAGUUUUCAAUUCCUAUAUCCAGUGUCACCUAGCUGCUCCAGAUGGCACGAGGAACUUGACUGCCAAUGGUGUGGCCUCGCGUGAGGAAGAAGAAAUAAGUGAACUUCAAGAAGAUGACCGAGACCAGUUUUCUGAUCAACUAGCCAGUGUAGGAAUGCUAGGAAGAAUUGCUGCAGAACACUGUAUACCUCUUCUGACAAGUUUAUUAGAAGAAAGAGUAACAAGACUCCAUGGUCAGUUACAACGACAUCAGCAACAAUUACUUGCUUCACCUGGUUCAAGCACCAUUGACAACAAAAUGCUUGAUGAUCUCUAUGAAGAUAUUCACUGGCUGAUUUUAGUUACAGGCUACCUCUUAGCUGAUGAUACUCAGGGAGAGACUCCGCUAAUACCUCCAGAAAUAAUGGAAUAUUCCAUUAAGCAUUCAUCUGAAGUUGACAUUAAUACAACACUUCAAAUUUUGGGAUCUCCAGGAGAAAAAGCUUCUUCCAUCCCAGGGUACAACAGAACAGAUUCUGUGAUUAGGCUGUUAUCUGCAAUUCUAAGAGUUUCAGAAGUUGAAUCUCGAGCAAUAAGAGCAGAUCUUACUCAUCUACUAAGCCCUCAAAUGGGCAAAGAUAUUGUUUGGUUUCUAAAACGCUGGGCCAAGACUUAUCUCCUUGUGGAUGAAAAACUAUAUGAUCAGAUAAGUCUGCCAUUCAGUACAGCAUUUGGAGCAGAUACAGAAGGUUCUCAGUGGAUUAUUGGCUACCUCUUACAAAAAGUCAUCAGUAACCUUUCAGUCUGGAGUAGUGAGCAGGACCUUGCAAAUGAUACUGUGCAGCUCCUUGUCACUUUGGUAGAAAGAAGAGAAAGGGCAAACUUAGUAAUUCAAUGUGAAAAUUGGUGGAACCUAGCUAAGCAAUUUGCAAGCCGAAGCCCACCUCUUAAUUUCUUGUCUAGUCCUGUGCAGAGAACACUGAUGAAGGCUCUAGUCUUAGGAGGCUUUGCACAUAUGGACACAGAAACCAAACAGCAGUAUUGGACGGAGGUUCUUCAGCCACUUCAGCAGCGAUUCUUAAGAGUAAUAAACCAAGAAAACUUUCAGCAAAUGUGUCAGCAAGAGGAGGUCAAGCAGGAGAUCACUGCCACACUGGAGGCCCUGUGUGGCAUUGCGGAGGCUACCCAGAUCGACAAUGUGGCCAUUCUUUUUAAUUUUUUAAUGGACUUCCUUACCAAUUGCAUUGGGUUGAUGGAAGUUUACAAAAAUACCCCAGAGACUGUCAAUCUUAUUAUAGAAGUUUUUGUUGAAGUUGCACAUAAACAGAUAUGCUAUCUUGGAGAGUCCAAAGCUAUGAACUUAUAUGAAGCCUGCCUUACUUUGUUGCAAGUAUAUUCUAAGAAUAACUUGGGGCGGCAAAGAAUAGAUGUUACAGCAGAAGAAGAACAGUACCAAGACCUGCUUCUCAUUAUGGAGCUUCUUACUAACCUUCUGUCAAAAGAAUUCAUAGAUUUCAGUGAUACAGAUGAAGUGUUUAGAGGACAUGAGCCAGGUCAAGCCUCAAACAGAUCUGUGUCUGCAGCUGAUGUUGUUUUAUAUGGAGUAAACCUCAUUCUGCCCCUGAUGUCACAAGAUCUUUUGAAGUUUCCAACCCUUUGUAAUCAGUACUACAAAUUAAUCACAUUUAUCUGUGAGAUUUUUCCUGAAAAAAUACCACAGCUUCCCGAGGAUCUGUUUAAAAGUCUGAUGUACUCCCUGGAACUGGGAAUGACAUCAAUGAGCUCAGAGGUUUGCCAGCUCUGCCUAGAGGCCUUGACACCAUUAGCUGAACAGUGUGCAAAAGCACAAGAAACAGAUUCACCACUUUUUCUAGCAACUCGGCACUUUCUUAAGCUGGUUUUUGAUAUGCUGGUUUUGCAGAAGCACAACACAGAGAUGACCACUGCAGCUGGUGAAGCUUUCUACACAUUGGUGUGUUUGCACCAGGCUGAAUAUUCUGAACUGGUGGAAACAUUACUGUCAAGUCAGCAAGACCCAGUAAUUUACCAGAGAUUAGCGGAUGCCUUCAACAAACUCACUGCAAGCAGCACUCCUCCUACGCUGGAUCGGAAGCAAAAGAUGGCCUUCCUAAAAAGUUUAGAAGAAUUUAUGGCUAAUGUUGGUGGUCUCCUUUGUGUAAAAUAAACAAUAGAACUCUAUGCUUAAUUUAGAUCCUUUCUGCAGAGUGCACUGAAUUGCUGAAAGUUGACUUGAGUCUUGUCCUGUUCCUCAGUUCAUUUGACUAUUUUGGAUUUUGGAGAGCCUGCAGCUUUGACACAGUAUGUGAUGAAAUUGGAAAGUCAACUUUGAAUCAGAUUUGGCUGUUAGGUGUUAGCCACAAUCUGCCAUAUACAUUGUCUUCUAGAUUUUGAAUGGUUAUUUGAAAAUUUCAAAAUGUAAUUCCAUGUAUGUGCAAACAGAUAUGGGCACAUAUUCAGUGCCUUUUCCCCUUUGAUCAAAACAUAGGCAGCUAGCCAAAGUUUAGAAUUUUUGCUAUUAAAUAUUAGGUGGUCAUGUUCUAAGCAAUGUUUCUCAAAAUGUUGCUCAUAGAUCACCUUGUCUCUUUGAGGAGCUAAUUUUUAAAAGUCAAUUCUUGGGCCCAGUUAUAGACCUUCAGUUGGAACCUCUGGUUGUUGGACCCUUGAGUUUUUAUUUUAAUAAGUUCCUCCCCUCCAUCACCCUGAAAGUUUUCACUACGAGAGACAUUUGAAAAACCUUAUGAGGUUUUGUGCUUUCCAGUAUUUCCUCCCACAUAAUUAGGUUUGUGGUUCAGCAGGAAGAAAAUUGUCACCAGGUGUUUGUGAGCUUCUUUUUAGUUCCUCUCUCCCCUCUUGUUUCUCCUUCUCCACUCCUUUAUCUCCACCCUCACAGGUUUUGUGUAAUUAAUACAUAUCUCUAAUCAUGCUCUGAUGUCUAAACUUGAGAAAAAUAUGUGUAUAUUUUUGUUCCAUAAAAAGAACUUUGGGAACUGUAGCCAUUUCAUUGCCUUAAUUUUAAGAGGGAAGUUUAAAAAUAAAGGACAGAUUUGUUUUAGUAAGAAAUCAAGUCCUGAUGGUUCAGAGUUGGCUUAGAGUGUUAGCUGCUAUGAACCUGUUUGCCCCUUUUGAUCAUGUAUUUAUUUGAGUUUACAAGCGAAAUGAAAAGCGCAUUCCUGUAUAGUUAACUGUAUGAGUGCAUUUCAAUCUAGCUACACAGCCCAUAUCUACUCUGAAUGGCUUGCUUAAGCAAUAACUAUUUUAAAGGAUGUGAAUUGUGAUUCACACAGACUAUUGCACAUUGGGGCAUUAGGGCAAUAAUUAUGUUAGAGUGGGAGUUAUGCUCAUGUCACAGGAGCCACACAAAUUUAAUUUCAGAAGAUAAAAAAUUUACUUUAGAUUCUCUAGCUUAAUUUUUCUAAUCAGGAUUUUUAUACUGCUGCCAUGUUCCCCCUAAGUUUUUGUGCCAGCUUAAAUUAUGGAAACAAAAGCUGAUUUAUAAGCUGCAGGCAUAGAAAACUGGCCACUGCAAUCCUAGAGUCAUACAAUACAGUGAGGUAGAGGACUCUAGCACAGGUGCAUUGAGACUGUGCUGUGAAGGGCAGGCCUUAUUCUUCCGUACGUGCUGGACCUGUCUGCUAAACCACCCUGUGAGUGCAGUUAUUAAAUCUGGAUUGCACAUAGCAUAUGCGUCUUCACAUAGGAUGUGAAAAGCUCUGCAAAGCUUUGUCUAACUCUGUGCUGUUAACAGUUGCAGUUAACAAAACAGAAGCAUCUAAAUAAUAUCCAACCUGUGCCUGUGAUGUUAGGUAGGAGUGAAAGGCCUAUAGCCACAACAGAAUCAUUUUAAUUUGAUCACCAUUGAGAAACAAUAAAGGUAGAGCAAAAACAUCUUAAAAGACUUCAAAGAACACCAGUAUCACUCUUCAUGGAAUACAUAUCUUUGUACUUUGAAAAAUAUUUUGAUCUGUUUCUUUUUAGAAUUUUUUUUUCCUGGAAGAACUUAAAGUGAUAGGCAGCAGUAGUCACUUCGUUUUUUUGUUGUUCCUGAUAUUUUGUGCUUCAUAGCUCCCUUAAGCUUUUGCAGCAGUUGUGAGUUAUGUGUGUCUGUGUGUGAUAAGUACAGUCCCUGAGACAACUGAAUGGAUAGGUGCACUGGCUAGGACACAACUAUAAUUAGUUUAUUAUUAAAAGUAAAACAUGAGUAGGAAAAGAAUGCCUUGUAGUAAAGAGGCAUCUAUAUUCAACAACAGCUACCCAUGAAAUGUAUUUGCUAAAUUUUGCCCAGAUCCUGUUACAGCACUGAAAUUUUAUUAGACCAGUUUUAUGUAAGACAACAUUUACUCAGAUUGGACCAAAUGAUACUGAAGAGAUUACCACAGUGUCACUUAAUGUCAAACUAGGGGAGAGAGGAGGAACAAUCACCAUAUUUUAAGUAAUGGGGAUGCCACUUAAUUGCACCAUCUAGAUUCUUCAGGGUGUUUGUGUUUUUGUUUGCCUGAUUAGUCACUUGGAGCUUCUUUUAUUUUGUCCAGCUUUUUCUUUAACUAUGUUUAUUAGCUCUUCAGAUUUUUAAAUUUUACUUAACCUUAGCCCAGUGAAUAUUGAGAAUACUGGCUUGAUUAUAAUAAAUGUUUUUCCUUUUAAAACUGUUGUUAAAAGAUUUUUCAAAUAUUAUUUGUCGUCUUUUUAUAUAUGCUAAAGGGACACUGUCAAGUAUUUGAUUUUUAAACUUUCUGUUGUUCACACAGUAUUCUUUCACCUCAUUUUCCAUGCGUCCUUUGUUUUAUUUAUGUCUCAAUUUAUGUUCCUUGACCCAUUUGUUUCCCAUUAUGUAAUCACUGAACAUUUUGUAUCCUCACAAUUUGUUAAUGUAACAGCAGCUGUAACUGUUCUUAUCUCUCUUGCUAAAAGGGGUGGUUUGAUUUUAUGGUCCUUGUGCUGGAUGACUGCCUUAAUAGCGAAACUUGCUUGACAGUGUCCUUUUCAACACAAUUAUUUAGGUCAUUCUGCUGGGUGUCUUUCCUUUGGAAGGCAGUAGCAUGUUAACAUUGAGUUUUCGUCUCAUCAACAUUGUGAUGUUUUAUGUAAACAAACUUUGCAAUUCAUUAAGCUAAUUUUAAGAAUUCAACCUUAUUUUAUUGUACCUAAUAUAUAUUACAUUACUCUGUUCAGAUGAGAUGGUUAGUAUGUUUUUCCCAAUUUUCAUUUCCAAACCAUGUAUCUAUAUACUUUCCCCUUUGUCAACAUCAUUUAACUCUCCUCUUAUUUAAUGGUUGGACUUUUCUUUUGCCAAAAAUGUCAUCUUUAUUUUCCUGAUAUCACCAAGUUUCUUGUCUGUUAAUUCUUCCAUGAACCUCUCAAAUAUUGAAAAGAAAAUAGCUGUCAGCUUCAAAGAUUUCAGGUUUGAGUCUCCUAGUGUACAGUGUUGAUUCUACCCUGAAAAUACUAUUUUUCUCUGUUAUAAUUUUACUUGUGUUCUGUUUACCAUCUCUGUUGUAGAGGUGGUUGUCAUUGGACCUUAUUAAGUUGGUUGCAUCUGACGGGUCAUUGUCAUCAUUGGUUCCUGAGUAAAAUAUUAAGCUUUUAAGUUAGAAGGAACCUCAGUACUUCUUAGGGUUUUGUUUUGUUUUGUUUUUAAGCCAGAGAAUAAAGAAAUGUUUUGAAUAUGAGGUUUCAACAAAAGUUUCUGUAAAAUUUUCUACAAAACAACAUAGAUGAUUUGAAGAUAUAAUGAUGUGUAGAUUAUUUUUAAAUGUAAGUAAAUUCUCUGAGUUGGUAACUUCUGAAUACACUGCAUUUAAGAAUUCUUUAAAACUUGGUUUUUCUAAAAUUAAAAAAUGUCCACAUUAGGCAUAUUGCUGAGCUUGAAUUGAUUAGAAGUGCCAUGGUUCAAGUUGAACUUUAAACAUUUCAGUUUAGUUGUAAAUAAUGUGAUAUAUACCUGAUUGAUUAUAAUGGGAACCCAUGACAUAUUUAGCCAAAGAAUAUAUUUGGUUCAGGUAAAGAUAGAAGCUUAAUAAUGGGCAUCCAUUUCUAUUUUAAAAAGGAUUUUCAUGGCGAAAUCUGUUUCUGGCCUGUAGCACUCUGUCUUUGUGAAGACCGAACACCCUGAGCCAGCUCCAUGGUGAUCCCUGGUAUGAACUGGGAGGUGUAGCUUGUGCAUUACACCUUCAGCGAGGCUCCACUAAGUACCAUCUCCCCUCCUUACACCCUGUGGCUGAGUCUUCACCUGUUCCCAGGCCUUCAGCAGGGAGGUUUGGUUUGCUCCAGUCUGUGUUCUUAGACCUCUCAGCUGCUCGGCGCUGUCAGGUGUGCACUCACAGCUGAUGUUUCUAGUCAAGUUCAGCACCAUAUCUGCACCAUGUAACUACUGGGGGUCUGACCUCAAGUGUCCUCUGAGCCCAGGCUACCUGGUGUGGAAUCUUCUGUCACAAAGUUACUAUGACAGAUUGCAAAUGUUGGUAUUGUGAUUUGAUUCUCUGUACAAAGAAGCUCUGUGCGGUGCGUUUGUGGUUUAAUGGUCACAAAAUGUUAGCACUGCUAUAUUAAGUACAUGUAAAAUUUUUUAAAUUUAUAAAUAUUAA